AUGUCCUACAACUGCUGCUCUGGAAACUUCUCCUCCCGCUCCUUUGGAGGUUACCUGCGCCAUCCAGGCUCUUCAUGUGGCUCUUCCCACCCCAGCAACGUGUUCUACAGCACGGGCCUCCAAUCUCCAAACCACUACCAGCUGGGGUCCUCUCUCCAUAGCAGCUGUCAGGAGACCUACUGUGAUCCCAACAGCUACGAGGAGUCCUGUGUGGUGUCCAGCCCCUACCAUACGUCCUGCUAUCGUCCGAGGACCUCCAUUUUCUGCAGUCCCUGCCAGACGACUUUUGCUAGACCUGUGGGCUUUGGGUCCAGGGGCUUCCACUCUUUUGGUUGUGGCUCCCCAUUCCUGGGCUUUGGAUCCCAUGGUUUCCAAUCAGUGGGUUGUGGUCCCCGCACUUUCUCGUCUGUAAAUUAUAGAUCCAAUUUUUACCGCCCAACCUACUUCUCUUCCAGAAGCUGCCAGUCCAUUUCUCACCAGCCAACUUGUGGCUUCCACUGA